UCAAUAAGUUGGCCAUGUUAGCUCUUGGCACUGUGUGCUGCCUCACAGCUGUGGGGGUUUCCCGUGUUCAUGUUUAUCGAAUCGUCUUCUCUGCUGCCAGAAAGUGGAAGCGAUAAAAUAAUAUUCAGCCACAGCUGUGAGCUUCGAUAUCUAUAGCACCGAGUCGGUAGAGUAUUUCCUUCUAGAGAACAUCACUUGAGGGUCCACACUAGGAAGGGAAAAAAAUACAACUCUUCUCCGCCCGAAGGAAAAAAAAAAGAGAAAUUACAUAUCGGAUCUGAACGGUGCUCAACGACUGUUCCAUGUGUAUGUACAGUACAUCAAUACUAGCUGCCUAACAAACUCAAUCGACACCGCUACAACUCAGUAGCCAUUUUAUUCACUCGGCCCGAGCUUGGGCUAAGAAAUACGGCAGUAAACAUUUUUUUCGUCUUGUUAAUUUAUUUACGUCUCGAUUGCUACGAUUUCAAUCUACUUGUCGAUCGACUCAGUUCCUUGAUGCUCCGUCUUGAACACUGAUGGCAAACUCUGCUGCUACAAAGAUUUCUUGUCCUCAGUUUGGAUGUACAUUCUCCCCACAGCUGAUGAUUCCAGGCGCCCAUACUUCUUGUUGUGAAUCUGUGCGUUCACCUUUGCACGACGGCCUAUCUUCGCCCUCGUUGUGUCCUUGUCAGUUAGAUCGCGUCCUUCAACAUCGAGUUUCUACAAUGCCAGUAAACUUGCUUCCAAGACCGCCGUUCAACGAAGCUGGUUUCACAAUAGGAUCGACUGCAGACUUGUCUGCUUUCUAUUCGCCUCUAGCACGAGCGUGCGACAUCAAAGAGUGGAGAGAUUCUUGGUACUUAGCUCAAGCUACUGCUGCUCGACAUCCUUUAGAGAUUCAUGGGUUUGAUCCUCAUUCCCACACAUCGUGUCCGGGACUCGGAGAAAGGUUUUCUCCGAUCGAUUUGGCCGCUGCGGGAGCGAGACGGAAGAACGCUACCAGAGAGACAACAAGCACACUCAAAGCUUGGCUUUAUGAACAUAGAAAAAACCCAUAUCCUACAAAAGGCGAAAAAAUAAUGCUAGCUAUAAUGACAAAGAUGACAUUAACGCAAGUUUCAACUUGGUUUGCGAACGCAAGACGAAGGCUUAAAAAGGAGAAUAAAAUGACUUGGUCUCCGAGGAAUCGAUGUGGCGAGAAAAAAGAGGGCGGCGAAGACGAAGACACUGUAAGCGAUUCAGACGCUGAACACAGCGGCAGCGAAGAAGAGAAAAUUUGCGAUGAUAAAGAAGAAAAUAUAACUAACAUUAAAGAAACGCGCGAGAAAGAUGAAAAGGAGGAAAACACGCCGUCGAAUACGAUGGAUGUUGCGGAGCAGCCUAAAAAAACCCAUAACUUGAGCACGGAAAGUUCGCCAAACAGAACGGCUAAUCCUGUCGUUCAAUUUCAAGCAUUACGGGCUGUUCAGUGUGUUACUACUGGUGACCCAGAAGAUUCUCCAGUCAAAAGCUUAAGGAAAUGGGUGGAUGGAUGCUUUCAUAACACGCCUGUUAGUCUUGUGAAUACCAGUCCUUCGACAUGUGAAACACCUCCAUCGACACCCCCUCAGAAAUCGUCCACCGAAGCGUCUGUCAUCAUACAAGUACGGAGUUCGACACCUUCUCAAAGUGAAACAGAGAAGAAAGAAAUAGAAAGUCAGUCACCCCACAGAAGUUCUUCUUCCAAGGAGGAACCUAUAACCUUGGAGAGGAAAGAGGAAACGGCGAGGGCUUUCAAUACCGUAAGCAAAAGCAUAACCGUAGAAACGUCGAAUUAUCGAGAAAUUGACGCAGCUUUAGCGCUGACAACUCUAUCAGCUCGAUAGGAGGAAAAAAAAGCUGCUCUGCUGAAAGAAAUAAUUUAAAACAGCCGUGAAAUCAACGUGUGUAUAUAGAAACUGAGUGUACGAUGUUUUUCUAACUGAAUUUAAGUGAGGAUUUCGCUUUCAAAAAACAACUCUGUGUAAAACACAUAAGAUUUUUCCGUCUCGGUUCUGGUGUGGUUUGGUUUGCGUGUGUUUGUGUUUGUACGUUUUGCGACUGGGUUAGUAUCAAAUACCAACCUUUUAUUAAAGUUCUUGGGAUUUUCUAUGAUGUUUGAAGUCGACGAUAAGUUUGUGACAACAUUGGACUGCUAAAAGCACUGUCUGAUGCAAAAAAGGACUCGCACAUUCGAUUUGUUUUACAUAAGCUUGACACAAAGUGUUGAGAGGGCUACUUUGUGAGUUGCAAAUUUUUCUAAAGAAAAGGAAUAAAAAAAACAACGGGUUGUAAAUUAGUUGUGUUCCAAAAAAAUUUCAUAGGAAGCUAAAUUCACACUCCCCGGCACACAAAAUGUAUUAUAGAUGAUUUAAAUUGAAUUUCUGUAGAUAAGAAAGAGAUUAUUUGUAGUUGAAAAAAGAAUUGUAAUUUUUGAAAUAAAACCCGCUUUGAUGAAA